AUGGAGAUGGAAGUGUCGGCGGCUAAGAAUGACAGGUCACGGGCAAGGAACCGUCGAGCACGUGAUGUUGAAUUUGGAAUAUCAAAUAGCAACAGAAGCAGACUUGGGGGGAGCUCCUCUGAUGACCAACAUGGCAUUGAGACCCCACAAACAAAGAAGAAGUACCUGCAGAGGCUCACUGGUCAUCAGAGCUAUAUACUUGAAGGUUUUUUCGGCAUAUGUGAACACCCUGAUGAAAAUCAAAGGAGGAGGUUGAGUGAGUCAACGGGCCUUGCAAUGCAACAAGUCAAGUUUUGGUUCCAGAACAAGAGAACACAAGUGAAGCAUCUGACCGAAAAAGAGGAGACCUAUGGACUAAAAGUGCAGAAUGAAAUGUUGAGGGAUGAAAACAAGAGUCUUAAGAUGGCACCGAGGAAUGCACUUUGCCCCACUUGCAGCGAUUUACCAACAGAAAAUCAUCACUCUAGAGAGAUGCGAUUGCUAAUGGAGCAAAAUGAGUGGUUAAAGCAAGAGAUUUUGCGGUUGCAUGGUGAAAAAGAUGCAAGCUCAAACCAUUAUGCCCAAGUUGACCCAUACGCAAAAAUAGUUGUUGCAUUACAAAAUGACAUAGAUAUGAUUACUGAACUAGUCCAGAAAGCGUUGCAUGAGUUUGUCAUUUUGUCUAACAUAAAUAGCCCUCUAUGGUUGUCUGUCCCUGUCCUUGAUGGAUCCUUUGAAAUAUUGAACAAGACGAAAUAUGUUGAAAAAUUUGGUGGAGACAAUAGUGCUAGUAUAAUUGGAUUCAAGACCGAGGCUACUCGUGCUAAUGCUAUUGUCAUGAUGGAUGCCAAAAAUAUUGUGGAUUAUCUCAUGGAUACUUGUUGUGCAUCAUUAUGUCCUGGAAUUCUAUAUAGUGCAAAAACCACUAAGGUUUACAAGUGGCCUACUAAUGCACACUACAAUGGGGCCAUGUAUUUGAUGACAACUGAGACGAUGUUCCCAUCAUCUCUAGUACCAUCUAGGAAAUGCACAUUCGUCAGGUACUGUAGGGUGAUACAAAAUGGCAAAGUGGUAAUUGUCGAUGUGUCUUUGGACGAAGUUGACGGUACCUUCUCCAACUGUCGCAAAAUGCCAUCGGGAGUACUAAUUCAAACCAUGGGUCCCAACACCUCCAAGAUCACUGCUAUAGAACAUGUUCAAGUAGAAGAUAUGGGUAUCAAUGAGCUCUACCAGCCAUGUAUUAGUGGGCUCAUGUUCGGAGCUAGGCGUAUUGUGACGAGCAUCUCACGACAGUGUGCACGUAUGAGAGAACUCUGCUAUGUCACCAAAAGAGUUCUAAGCGUCAACUCAAAGGGGAGGGAGACCCUCAUGAAGCUAGCAGAUGACCUGCUCAUGAGUUAUACCAGCAGCGUCACUACCAUCCCCGAGGAUGCAUGGACCAUUAUGUGUAGCAUUGGUACAGAUGAUUAUAUCAAGAUAGCACACAAGAGGAAUAUCAACAAUAGAAACACUGCCAUUGUGUUUGUGAGUGCGUCAUUCCAUCUAUCAAUGCCACUUCGGGUAACAUUUGAUCUGCUCAAGAACAACUUGCUGCGCCCAAAGUGGGAUGUGCUAGUUAAUGGUGGUGUGGUGGGAGAGGAAGUCCAAGUUUCCAGUGGCAUACAACCUGGCGAUGCCAUCUCCUUACUUCAUGUCAAGUAUAUAUCUAUGACUGAUCAGCCCGUCACACAAAUCAAGGAGAACAUCCUCCAGAAUAGCUGCUACGAUGUGUCAGGCUCGUUCAUCGUCUACUCCCCCGUCGACAUCAAACUUAUGGACAACAUCAUGAUCCCAAAUGAUAUGGAGGAGAGUAAGGUGUUUACCUACCCCACCGGUUUCUCCCUCCUCCCUGUCGACGAGUCUACCAAAGAUGGCAUUGCCCUCGGCGAAGAUGGAGCAACUCUUGUGACCAUGGGGUCCCAUGUUCCAUUGAAACUCGCUCAUGGCACUGGUUUAUGUCCUAGAUUUGUGUCUGCAACCAUUGGUAUCAUGUCUGAAAACAUUGCGACCAUAAAAAGCACUCUAACCAACAUCAACCGCAUGUACUACAGAAGCAGUCAGUCUCCCAUUCUCACCUAG